GUCGGUCAGGAUCUGCAUAGUUGUCGAUCUGCUUUCAUUCCUUCUCUCAUUCUUUUCGAACUCUGUUACUCUCCAUCUAACAAGAUUUAUCGCGUCCAUCUUUGGUCAGAUUGAGUUUAUAUAUCUCGGUGAUAUCAAUCACUAGUGUACUAGUUACUAUUUCAAGUACAGAUGCUGGUCUUCCCUCUUCUGGCCUGGGCUCUAGGGCCAGCACCACUGGCAGUUCAAGCACUGACAGACGGCAACUCAUCCAUCUACCACCAAACGGCAGAUCUAGAUACAUACAAAGUUUUGCAACGCAAUGCAGCUAUUCAAAACCAGCUAUCCCAAACGUCCGCCCGGGGCAUCAAGAAGAUGAGCGAUGACGAAGGGGAGAAGUUCUUUCUCGACUACUGGUACUUCGGAGAGGCCAACCAGACCGACCUACAAAGCUCUCAAACUCCAGAAAAGACACAACCUAAUCUUCACCCCCGCAUAUAUCCUUAUCAACCAUCCCAUCCUCUGGAUCUGGGUGAGACCUCUGACUCCCACGGAUGGAUGGGUCAAUUCUCACCGCUUCUUCGGAGAGAAUUCAAAUGCCCCGCGGGCACAAAUUCAUGCACCUCGAUUAAUCGCCCGAAUAGCUGCUGCAGUACGGGAUCGACCUGUGAGCUGGUCGACGAUACAGGGUCUGGGGAUGUAGGAUGUUGUCCGGACGGACAGCAUUGCUCUGGUACGAUUGGUUCAUGUCAGCAAGGGUACACUAGCUGUCCUGCGUCAUUGGGCGGUGGUUGCUGCAUUCCCGGAUACGAAUGUGUCAGCGGUGGCUGUGCCAACGUGUACACAGUGACGAUCACGGUGAGCUCGACCAUCAUGGUGUCGACUGUCACGGACACGGUUCCCGCGACUAGUACCGUUUCUAGUAGCAGCAGAAGUAGCAGUACAACAAAAUCGUCGUCGUCUGAAUCUACCGGAGAGUUUACUCCCCCUGCUCGACCCACGAGUCUCUCGACGGCGACCCCCUCCCAGACUGGGUCGAUCUGUCCCAUUGGAUUCUAUGCCUGUUCCGCUGUCUAUCAGGGAGGAUGUUGCCGGACUGGCCGCGACUGUGACACUAGCUCGUGCCCGGAGACCCCAUCGACGACGAUCACGACCAACGACCGAACCAUUGUGGUGCCUGCCGAGACGGAAGCGCCGCCAGCGACUACCGGGCGAUGCGCGAGCGGGUGGUUCAGAUGCGCAGACACCGCAGGUGGGGGCUGCUGUCCGACAGGGUUCGCAUGCGGCUCCAGCUGCACGGCACAGGAAACCGCGACAGCAACGGGGACGGUGGCGAAGGAGCAGCCCACGAAUUCCGCCGGCGAGAGAAACCUACCGGAAGGAAUGAAGAUGGUUGGAAUAAGUUUACUACUAGGACUACUCUGGACGAUUGGAUGAGUAAAUGAAGUUCAUGUACUUAAAACGCAUAACGAGA